AUGUCUUCAACCGUCUCAUAUCUUUUUGCCGUCUACUUUGUAUCAAUACUAUUUGCCAAGUUAUUACAUUUGUAUAUCCACAUUCACUCGAUUGCCGUCAUUGACUUCAUUGUCUACCUACCGACAUUUUUUCUUCAAGAUUUCUUUUUAGUUCUCUUGGGCCGUUUGUUAUUGCGUCGAGAGCGAACAAUUGCUUCCUUUGCUGGUUAUUUUCUUGGUUGCAUUCUUACUCUAAUAACAUUCGUUGCUGCUGCAUCUGAACUCGGCUUCCACUACAGAACAGGCGGCGAAGUCGAAUGGAGCGAUGCUGGCGAUUUUGCCAAUGAUGAAGGUCUCAAUGUUCUCGUUAGCGAAAGUAGCAGUGUGGUGGUUUCUGCAUUGAUUAUUCUCAUUGUUUCGUGGUUCCCUCAAAACUACCUCUACCGAACCGUUGGUAACGUGGUAACUGGCCUUGGAAAGCGCAUUGCUUCGGUAUCAAGACAUAUACGGAGAAAGAUUCGCCCCCAACCCCAAAAUCAGCAUGAUCCUGAAAACGCCGAACCCUUCCUUCAUCACACCAACAGCGGAGAAUCUCUUCCGAGCACUGGCAAUGCAUCGCCCAACCCGAGCUACGAAGGAGAAGAGAAGGAUUCAGAGGAAGGCGCAUCACCAAAACGACGCAUGUGUGCUUUUAUUCCGUCUUGGAUCAUCACGACUUCAAUCAUCCUCUUUAUUAGUAUAACCACCAUCGUUCGACCUGACCAACCUUAUAACCACAUGGCAAGCAGCUUGCCAUGGCGAUUACUCGAUUCGGUCAAACCUAAAUUUGGUCUCUGCGCUUCUCAAAAUGAAUGGCCUCUCAAGGAACUCACUGAACAGUCCAAGUGGAUUGCCCCCAAGGGUGGUUUCAAGGGCUGGGCGCCCAGCAAAAUUAACAACGACUAUGUCAAGACCUACAGAGAUAACCCUCCUAAAUGGUUGCCUAGUCCUAUCCCCAGUGGAUUCCUCAAAUGGGACACUGAACGAUACAAAAACGAGACUGAUAAGAAGGAUGGUCCUAGUGACACAUGCCCAAACACCCUGCAAGAUCGGGGAUUUUAUAAUCCUGUCAACGACCCUAUGCGGAUUACUAACCUUGACCAAGACAUCAUUGCUCCCAUCCAAGAGGCAUUACACAACAGCUCUGUCAAGAUCCGCCACAUUGCUCUUAUCCUCAUGGAGAGUAUGCGUGAAGAACUCUUCCCACUUCAACAGGGCAGCGACAUGCACCGUAUCAUCAUGGAAUCGCAUCAAGAAAAGCUUAGAGAUGAAAUCAACAGUCGCGUGUCACGCUUGACACCAAACUUCGAGAGAAUUACAGGAAAACCUGGCAACUAUGCAAGCUCAAAUGGUACUGCUUACACUCGACCCGAAAACCUAGCCUGGAAGGACCAGGACAAGCCUGGGUUUGGUGGUAUCAACGUUGUAGGAGGUCUUACUACCAGCAGCGUCUCGACUAAGAGCCUCGCUGCAGCUCAUUGUGGCGCGUGGCCCAUGGCCGUCAACAUGUUCGAAGAGGCCGAACUCGAGAGCUAUCAGCCCUGCCUUCCCCAAGUUCUCGAACUAUUCAACAAGGUCAAAGCCAACCAGACAGAAAAGCGACAGUGGUGGGGAUCGAAUCAAUGGUGGGGAACAAGUGGAAGUCAGCAAGCCAAGUUCCACGAGUACCAAUGGAAGCCCGCAUUCUUCCAGGCGGUUACAGACUCCUAUGACCGACAGGACAAGUUUGAUUCCAAGAUCGGAUUCAAUUUCAAGGUCACGAAGCCAAAGCUCGAUGAAGAGGCCCUCAGCAACCCCGAGAUGGAAGAGAUCAAUUAUUUUGGAUAUCCCGAGACAGAUCUGAAGGAGCACAUCAGGAAGUACAUCAGCGAUGGAUUGGCCGAGAACAAGCGUCUCUUCAUGUCGCACUUUACUAGCACAACUCAUCAUCCUUGGGGCGUGCCUAAAUGGUUCGAAACCGAGAAGUACAUGGGCAAGGAGGGCGGCCGACACCAAGAUUUUGACAAAUAUCUCAACACCAUUCGCUUCACUGACACCUGGCUCGGUGAGCUGAUGCAGAUGUUUGAGGACGCUGGAAUCGCGGACGAAACCCUUGUUGUAUUUGUUGGUGACCACGGACAAGCUUUCAAGGAGGAUUUCUCCAAGACGGGUACCUACGAAAACCGCCACAUUAGCAACUUCCGAGUUCCUAUUUCCUUCCGUCACCCUGCCAUCCCUCGCGUCCAAUACGAGGCCAACGUUACCUCCAUCUCUAUCCUCCCUACUAUUCUUGACCUCCUUGUCAACUCAGGAUCGUUGAACCAGGAAGACUCCGCCAUCGCAUCCGACCUCGCCAAUGAUUACGAAGGUCAAUCCCUUAUUAGACAAUACCAAAAGACCAAAGAUGGCCGCCGUGCUUGGAACUUUGGGCUUAUUAACCCAGGUGGCGGCAUGCUCACAGUCACAUCAGCCGACGCGCCGUGGCGACUGGCAGUUCCUCUGAAGAAGGACCUCGAAUACACAUUUACAGAUCUUAGCAAAGAUCCGCUCGAGCUAGAUGCUCUAGACAAGUGGACCAUCAAGUCUAUGAUUAAGGCAGUGAAGCGCCAGUACGGCGAUGAAGCCGCGAACUGGGUGCGAGAAGCUGACGAGGUUGCCCACUGGUGGGCUCUCGAACGAAGACGACUUUGGGGAUACAACCCCAACGAGGACUAA